AUGGGGCAGCUCCGGCUACCGUCAGGAAAACAGCGAUGUAAAUCCGUUUUUUCCCUCCAACAAUUCUUUAUUAUUGGAGUCUUUGGCGCAAUUUUAGUCAAACACGGAGUGGGCGUACAGACCGCUCGUGUAGGAGGUAGAACGUAUAUGCCCCGCUUGUCCUGGGAUUUCUACAAGCUCCCUGUGGGCAACCAUACAGUUGGAUGGGGAAAGGGGGUCCUCCGUGGCCAGCAAUACUUUAUUCCUAAGCACUCUGGUACCUCCCUGCCGGUAAUUUUGCCGAUAGGAACGCAGUAUAUGGAGGCUUCGAAGGAAUUGGUAGUGGGAAUUCAGUCUUGUCCAGCUCUGACACAGCUUGAACUACACAACCGCCAGGAUAUUGAUGAAUCCACUGCGAAGUUUGGAGACGACAGGGGCGUUGGGGCAAAGCCUUUGGCUCUGCACUGUGAAAUUUUCCUUUACAAGUAUGACGCACGCACAGGGAACCAUGUUGCUACAUUUAGGUCUGUCUUUGACGGGGGAGGCAGGGGAACUGUGAUGGGCUUCUACGUCAAUGAGCCCAAAAAUGAACACUGUCCCGAAGCCAGCAACACGGUUUUGCUGUGGUAUUGGGGUCAGUGGGUUUCAAAGAGCAUGUCAAUAUGCACAGCUCAAGAGAAGUCGUAUUUUCGUACAAACGGCCCUAGUGGCGCAGAAGAAGACCUGAUUGAUGGACGGAGCUACCGUCUCGCAUUCGGUGGGACCGACGAUGAAGUGCGGCGAAAUGCACACCUCACAACUGCUUACCACCUUCCUCAAGGUGUUAAGCUGUGCAGGCAGAAAACGAAAGAAAAAGACUGGGGUACUCGUCCCGACCCAGAAAGGAAUGUUCGAGCAAUGGACCUUGAGUUCAUUUCCUCAGACUGCAUUGCGCUGGCUAAUACAGCGAUGCUCCCUUUGAUGUCUGUCUCCUGCGAAGAAGUGCCGUUUGAUCCCGCUGUUCCCCUGGGACGAAUCAUUCUCACAAGCUUACCUUUCGACACGACAAACCCAAAUUUGUACCAGCCGAGCCGCGAUUGGUCGACGUUCAACGUGAAUGCCAAAGCUAUAUAUCGAGGCACGCGCGUUGUGCUGCCGAGGAGCAGAUUCCGUUCCAAGGUGAUUCGUAAGGAGCAUGUCGUUGACGGCUACAACUACUUCAUGGCUUAUUACCAUAUGGUGGCUGACGAGAAAACUAACUAUCCUUGGAAAUCUUGCGCCGUUAGUGAGGUUAUGAUUCGGCCAUUGCGGAUCGCCCAUCAUCCCCUUUCAUGCGCCAGAUGCGAAGAUUUCGGAUACAGCUACACUAAUCGCUCUUCCGGUUUACUCGUUUUCUGGUGCAUUGACUCUCUCACUUCGUCGGCGGAUCUCGGUCCUGGCCUUGUACUCAACGAAAUAACUGUUGACAAGCGUUCUGUCACGUUUCUUCUGCAUCACGAUGCGAAGUUGCCUGCUUCCCAGCCCUACAAAACCAACAGCUUGUAUAAUUGGUACCGCGACGUAAACGUGAUUUCCCGGCCCGGAUCAGAUACUAUCUAUGCUUUCUACAUCUGCGACAUGUACCCGAAUCUUGAGGAUUUCCGGUUUGGGCCUGUUGCGAGCUCUUCUAUUUUGUGGGGCACGUUCAAGAACACCGCAACGUCCGUGAACCAGACGCCAGCACGGGGACGUCCCAUUAUCAGCGAAGUCUUUUCGCCGGAGCUGAACAGCCUAUCUGUCGUCCUUGUUGACCCAGCCGAAGAGUUGUUCAUGCUUCUCUUUGAAAACGCGAUUGACCAGGUUUUCAACGGAAUUCUCUUUACCGCCAAAAACGGUGGAGAAAUUCUCGAAGGUGCUGACCUACUGCUGCCUGACAGCGCGCCGCAAGCGUACGACAGCGCGGCUUACGGAACUCGUUUCGAAUCCAGUUUCGAUAAUGUUGCAUACAAAAUCCAGCUUUCCCCCGAGAGCGCUGGCAGUUUUCACGCACGAACACUCAAGGCUCCCCCGCUGCCAGAUGCAUCGGCGAAGUCGUUUUCCCAUUUCCAUAGGAUCCGGGCGUCAAUAUUUGAGGCUGCCUGUGACGGGAGUUGGCUUCCUCCUCUUCGGGAUGCGUCAUGUACACCUGCCUGUUACAAAUUCCAGACUUUCCGGACCAAAAUCGAAACUUCCGUUAACGCAAACUGUCCUUGGAAAGACGGCACUCUUCGUGCAGUUCCGUGUUCCUCCUCUGGUUGCAGCUGGGCCGAAUUUGCUGUAACGGAUCCAGGUCUGGAAGCUUCAGUCGACCGGAAUGUCCGAACGGCAGGAGCUACGUUCUUCCCGGGUAGCCUCUCCCCUGUUACAUUCGAUCUUAAACGGAUUUCUGACAUCACAGAGGUGCUCCUUGUCUUCAAUGAAACAAUAAUCGGCCCUCAGUUUGACGUUGAGAUCUCCUUUUUGAAUGGCCUUGGGCAGGAGUUCAGCGUGACACGGAUUGCAACUGGUGGCAACCAGUUUCCUGUUGACUUCCCGUUCGACCGAACAUACGUUAGGAAUUGCUCCUGGAACGAACCCUGCGCGCAGAAGUUCCGGCACACGAACACCGGAAGUGUUGUAAAGGCUUCGAACAUGCAGGUGUAUGGGGUACAAGGCAUUGGCAUUGUUUACCACGGGGGUGACCAUCAGGUGGAAUUGCUAGAAAUAAGUGUGAAGGGUCGUCAAGAGUUGCUUGAAUGCCCUGGCCACGGCUUCUUUUCCAACCAGGGCAGAUGUCCACCCCCAUCGAAUAUCCUGAUUCCUGCUGAGCUGGAGGAUUUAGACUGCCAAGGAUUUUGGACAGAAUGGACUACAUGCGACCACUUCUGUCGAAAAUUGAGGUUCUUCUCCCGCUCUCGAGAUCCAUUACCAGGAGGCAAGCCCUGCCCUUUUGUUGAGCACAUGGCAUGCAAUGAAGGGCGUUACUGUAACGUGAACGAUGAGAAGUUCGCCUCCGUCCUGGAUAAUUUCAAAGACCGAAGUUGCGAGUACGAAGUAGGCGAGUGGUCGGACUGCGUGAACUGUCGCGAGCUGAGAUACACGCACAUUCUCACCCAGGCAGCACGGCGAGGCGAUCCGUGUCCAGCGGAGCUAAUAGAGACACGCUUUUGCAAUUCACAGUGCGAAAAACUGUUCGCAGAGGGUUCCAGUUCAUCGACGUCCAGUAGCACCAGCACAAGCACCACUUCAAGCUCUUCUUCAUCCGUGACGUCGACCCGCCAUACCCAACCGAAGACAGUGACGGGAACCACGUCGUCAAACACCGAGAGCCUCAGUGAGUACAUUGCGACGGGCAUCAUGGCAGCUAACGCCUUGUUCUUUGUCCUCGUGCUCGGAGCCGGUGUCUGCUGCCUCGUGCGGAAGUCGAGAAGAUUUCAGAGAAGCCUCGAAGCACGCCGUAACAUGAUUCAGCUAAAGAAGGACAUCUACCAUGCGAAAACGUCUGCUGCUCUUAUCGCGGCCGCAGAAGCAACGGCAUCCCACAGCAAAGAGACCCACGGCCUUCCACUCAAAGGGAACCCUCUGCCAGAAGAAGAGAAGUCUUUGCCAGCGAAAGAGGAGCCUUUGCCACAGGAGAUGAAACGUCCCGGCAUUACCGUGGCGGAGAGAAAAACAAAGAAAGCUGACCAGCUGUCUUGUCCUCGAGGUAGAAGAACACUCUUUCCGAAAUCAGACCUAGACACUGGCGAAUACGAAACAGAUCCAGUGCUAGGGCAGCCACCCGCGGCAGUAGAAAGUACUCGUUAGGCCUGACUUUGGAAGACCUAAAUACCCCUGACCUUGGGAGUUCCUGGUCAUGACAAGCCAGUGUGAGGGAAUUAAUGCGUGACAGCGUCGGUGUAAUAUUUCAGAUCGCAACAUAUUUCCAUCCCAUGUAUGACAAACGGUGAAACUGGGACGUGUGGUCAGCUAUACAAAAAAGCCGAAGUAAACAGGUCUCUCAAAAACAACCUGUAAACAACCAGGAACAUGUGCGUGAAGUGCGUGUCCGCGGAGUGAGUUAAGAGUGUUUCAGCACAUACAGCCUUGUUUCGGAUAGAUGCGGAUCGAUGAAACGAGGAGAGGAAGAAUGGCUGAACUGUGAGUCUUCUCACCUUGUGUGGCGGGACACCAUGCACAGUGCGAGGACUCCGAACGCUCCGAACAGCUGCGGAUACACUCUCCAGGUCUCUGAGCUUUUUUGAGAAAGCGUUUCUGUCCAUUUCUCGAGGUUGUCCUUUGUUAAUGAAAGUAAGCCUGGUAGUAAUACGUUCAAUAUGUGUGAAGAGUCUGCCGUGCGAAGGAACGAAGAUGUGUGUAGUGCCGAUUUUCGAAAUGACACGAAUACGCGCAGUGGCUCUGGUUUGUGGCACCACCAAAGCGGUGUUUCUGCUCUAUUAGCUGCAUGAGAAUGAACAUUGUUCUCCUGGUUCUGCUCUGGCCACGAAUAAGAGGGAGGGGAUUUUCAGGACUGAAGGAUUGAAGGGCGGCCAGGCAUCGCCAUGCUCGAGCACUGAAGCAACCAUGAUUUCGUUGUGACGCUUUCGCCUGGGUACUACUUCGUUUGUUUUCCUGUCAUGAGUACGGCUGUUUCACUAGAGUUCGCCUCCAGACUCUAAAACCCUGUAUGUAGCGAGAAUGGCACCUUCCUGCGGUACCCGUCUAGACGAUAUGCUGGCUUCAACCUGGUAUUGUACUUCGGUGCAUCGCGAUCAAGAGCUUGCAGUUAUCCAUGGGUAGGUCUGCAGAUAUACGAGUCUGCAGGUAAAUUCGGCUUUCGCAUGUUUUCUGCAGCUGCUCUCAAGAGACCAGCUGCGACAACUUGCGGCCUGUCGACCGUCGUAACAGGGUAAAGCCGCACGCGUUAUCUAGCGGCCAUCAGAUCUUGACUAUUCACUGAACUCCGUGUUGAUGGACUUCAUGGCCAGCAAUGAACUUUGUAUGCAUCUUUUUCGCCUCUUGGAUACUGCUUGAUUCGCG